CGCCGUCUUGACGCCAUCAAAGCAUCACCGCAUGAAAAGAAAUGCUAUUUGCAUAUCCAAAUCGAGAAAGGAUAAAAGGCAUAUUUGUAGCUACAGAAAAUUGUACUUCUCAUCACUCCGCACUCAGAGCCUUUGAAAAUGCAACUGUUCACCAAUCUCACUAUAUUCUUCAUUGUAUUUGUCUCUCUGGCAAAUGCUUCCAAGAAUGGUGAAGGAUCUUCCACUUCUUUCAAAGAUGUCCAAGAUGCUCAUAAACGUGUUCGCGAUGCAACUUUGGCUGAAGAUGCCCAUCAUAGACGUACGACUCAACAACCUCCUGCGAGUCCCUUCUCCCAAUAUGCCUUUGAAGAAGCCCGUAAAACAUUAGAAAAUCAACUCAAAAAAGCUCAAGAUGAUUCUCAGAAAACUACGGAUAAAUUCUUCGGAAAACAUUGAACACUUAAGUGUCAAAUCUAUAAAAUGAUGUCAAUCGAGAAAGGUUUGUA